CUCUCUAUUAACGUUGAGUUGUAACUCUUAUCCUUCAUAUACUCCUUGUAUUAUUUUAGGGAAUUUGUUUAAUCUCUUCUUUAUCGGUGUUUUUGUUGGUACUAUUUGUAUGUUUAUGGAAACGUCAGGUGUGUGUGUUUGUGUGGGUGAUGUUUAUAUAUGUUCGCUCAAAUGUAAAAAUAAAUAUUAAAAGUUUUAGUUAAUAUAAAUUCUUGUCUUAGCACCCAGGGUUUUGAUUUGGCUUUUCCUUUAAUAGCUAAAAAAUUGUUUUAAUAUAAAAAAACUGUUGAAUUUAAAUACUUUCUUUGAUACAUAAUAAAAUAAAACAUUGAUACUAAAUGCUCGGUACAGGAGUCGAAGAUGUUCAAAGCCGAAUCAUCGAAAGACAAUUUUUUAGAACAGACCAAAGCUGCCCGUGAAGAAAGAGCUCAAGAAAAGCGAAGAUUAACAGCUGCUAUUACCAUUCAAGCACAUGUGAAGGGUUGGUUGGCAAGAAAAACCUACACACAGGAAGUGCUAAAAGAAUUUGAUGAAGUAUUUCCAGAGAAUGAAGGGAAAUCGGAACUCCAGACAGCAUCCCACGUGUACCAAAUCGUCAGAAGAUUUCUGCUGGUGUGGCGUAAGCAUAGGGACAGAGAGAGAUUUGAGAAACUCUGCAGGUACCUGGUUCUUUCCUUGGAGUCAGACUCGGUGAAGAAGAGCUACGUGGGAGUGAUGUUGAACAAGAAGCACUCGUUGGCGUGGAUCGCACACAUGAAGGACAUCUUGAUGAAGUGCUGCGAGUACCUGGCAGAACUGAAGCCGAAGCUGCCCUCGGACAUGCGAGCCAUGUCGUUGCAUCUCCACACGCUCGUGGCGUUCACUUCCACCGGCACAUGGAGGAUCAUGCUAGACAAGCAUGUGGACGCGCUGAAGCCGGCCAUGAACCAGCUGUGCUCGAACAUCGUGGGACAUCUCGUCACGAAGGGUUUCUAUGUCACUCUCAAAGGUGUGCUGGUGAAGGGCCUGGGCCAGGCGAAGAUAGUCCUGAAGCACGCGUCUCUGCUGGCGCUGAUGACGCUCGCCUUGCGGCCGCUGCUGCUGGCUGGCUUCACGGAGAUCCUGAUGACCAUGUUCGUCAUCCACGUCCUCAGUGUCCCGGCGCUGGUCCUGCACUUGCAGAAUGUCGUGCCUGAAUGCGUGCAGAUGCUGGUGGGCCACGGCGUGCUGGAGAAGAGCCUGGACCUGCUGGGCUCGGAGCAGAACAUGAGGAUCGUGUUCAACAGCCUGGAGGGCAACUACGCCCUGUGCCUCGUGGGCAACCUGGUCCACCUGGCCGACAUCCAGCGCGACGACGCGCUCCGAGAGCUGUACUACCCGGCCUUCACGACGGUGAUCUCGAGGCUGCUGGAGAGCAUCCAGAACUACGUGGUGUCGAAGCGGUCCAAGACGACCUUCUGGAACCCGGUGCUGGGGUGGUUCGCCCAGAGCGUGGACUACAGCGUGUACGAGGCCAUGCCCCACGUGAAGGAGCAGCUGUUCCUGUUGUGGAGCGACAGCAUGGUGGAGGGGCUGGUGUCCCGGCCGCUGGCCCGGCUCGCGGAGGCCAACCACGACGUGGAGAGCCCGGGCUUCUCCGCGGGCACCAGCGGCAACAUCCUGCGCAGAGCGCUGGAGCAUCGCUCGAACCGAACCAGCGCCAGCAAGCACCAGCGCAAGCUGGGCAGCCCCGAGUGCACGAAGGUGGCGCUGCUGUGCUCCCUCUACCAGGUGGCGCUCGGCACCAUGACUCAGCUGAGGCUGGACAUCCUCACAGGGCUGUGCUACCAGGAUCGGCUGCUCUACAACCUGUGGCAGUUCCUCUGCAGCCUGGGGCCCAACUGCGGCCUCAGGUCCUUCCUGGACCUGCUGGCCGUCAACACCAAGUGCUCUGCCCCCGAGUUCCAGAUGCUCAUGCUGUUCUGCGACUGCAUGACCCACUACGUCACGAUUUUAGAUGACAUAGAGAUGUAUGAACAGCAGGAACCAUUUCGACUAGCAGACUUUGUUAAUAUGUCAUACUUUCUCAACUAUUUCCUGUACAGAGGAAUUACAACAAAUUUGCUCAACGUAAAGAGCUUGAAUACAAACCCCUUGUUCCAAUCCGCGCACACACUGCAUAUGGUGCUGUACAGGAGAGACUGUCGCCGUAGCUACACACCAGACAAUCACUGGCUCAUUAAAGACAUACGGGUCAGCACAUUCAUCAAUGAUCUAGAGAAAGGGAAGAAGACACCUCAGAUUCUCCUGCAGAAGAUGCCGUUCAUCAUCCCGCACGAGGAGCGGGUGAGGCUGUUCCGACGCCUGGUGGCCAAGGAGAAGACAGUCCUGGGGCUCACGGAGUCGGCCUGCGUGUCCCUGCAGUCGACGCUCAUCAUGGUGCACAGAUCUCGAAUAGUUGAAGAUGGCUAUAGACAACUAGCUUUAUUACCUUCGCAAGCUCUCAAAGGUGUGAUUCGAGUUAGAUUUAUCAAUGAGCAAGGAUUGGAUGAAGCUGGUAUUGAUCAAGAUGGUGUUUUCAAAGAAUUUCUGGAAGAAACGAUAAAACGGGUGUUCGACCCGUCUCUGAAUUUUUUCCGAGUCACGAGCGAGGAACGCCUGUACCCGUCUCCCACGUCCUAUCUGCAGGAGAACCAUCUGCAACUGUUUGAGUUUGUUGGUCGCAUGUUGGGGAAAGCUGUUUACGAGGGCAUCGUGGUGGACGUGCCGUUCGCAUCCUUCUUCCUGACGCAGCUGCUGGGGGCCCAGCACCAGGCCCUGUACAGCUCCAUAGACGAGCUGCCCUCGCUGGACCGCGACCUCUACCGCAGCCUCACCUUCAUCAAGCACCACGGCAGCGACGUGCGCGACCUGGACCUCACCUUCUCCGUGGACGAGGACUGCAUGGGCUCGCUGGUGACGCACGAGCUGGUGCCCGGCGGCCGGGCCGUCCCCGUCACCGGCGAGAACAAAAUAAAUUACAUCCACUUGAUGGCUCAUUUUCGAAUGAACACUCAAAUCAAAGAACAGACAGCAGCAUUUAUUCGAGGCUUUCGUUCUAUCGUCAAUCCAGAUUGGCUGUCGAUGUUUUCUGCACCAGAGCUGCAGCGCCUGAUCUCCGGGGACAACGUGCCGCUGGACCUGAAGGACCUGCGGCGCCACACGCACUACUACGGGGGCUUCCACGACUCCCACCGGGUCGUGUGCUGGCUCUGGGACGUCCUGGAGAAGGACUUCCACGAGGAGGAGCGCAGGCUCUUCCUGAAGUUUGUUACAAGUUGUUCGAAGCCACCAUUGCUUGGUUUUGCCCACCUCGAGCCACCGUUUUCGAUCCGUUGUAUAGAAGUUGGUGAUGACGAAGAUACGGGCGAUACAAUAGGGCUUUGGUGGAGGCUUGCUCUGAUGCGUGAGUGGAUUGUUCCUGGGGCGGAGCAGGCAGCGUGAUCCGGGGGUUCUUCACGAUCCGCAAGAAGGACCCGCAGAACCGCCUGCCCACCUCCUCCACCUGCUUCAACCUGCUGAAGCUGCCCAACUACCAGAAGAAGGCCACGCUCAGGGAGAAGCUGCGCUACGCCGUCUCCAGCAACACCGGCUUCGAGCUGUCGUAGCGGAGCUGCCCGGUGGCCGGCCCCCGUCCCGGGGAGCUGCCCUCGAUCCACGCGCCCAUUCAGACAGCGACACCCUCGACCGAACUGUUGCAAACUGAGUUCUCACUUCCAUACCUCUUCUAAACACCAGUGGCACAACAAAGGGGGGGGGGGGAAUGGUAUUUUGCCCCCCCCCCCCCCCCUCUGAAACCUUGAAGUAGGGGCAAACGGGGGCAAAGAAAGUGCUGUGUAAUCAAUGUUUAGAUAAUAAAAACUGCUUAAAUAGCACCAUUUUCCACCUUGAAAUACAAAUUUUCACUUCCCGGGGGAGGACCCCCGGACCUCCCCCCCCCCUCCCGCUUAAAUAGGGGGGAUCGAUGAUUUUUUAUAAAAAGUUAUAUUGCCCCCCCUUUGGAAAUUUUGUUGUUGCGCCCCUGCUAAACACUACAUCAAAAAAAAAAUCACACCUUCAUUUCCUGCUAGCCUAUAUUUUUAUUUUAACCAUAUGAGAAUUUAUUUAUGUAUAGAUAUGAUCUGCAGAUGUGAGAUGAUGCGAGGUUUUUUUUUAUAGUACACUCUUCGAGAUAAUGCGAGACUUUUCUACGACAGUCGGCUUCAGUGAAAAUUCAGAUUUUCGACAGUUGAAUUUUGAGAUCUUAUAAAUGGAACAUACCCAGGUUCGUGUAACACUGGACUAGUAAUCAUGUAUCAAAAUGUUUUUGAUAAUUAUAUAAACGUAUUUGGCUCUCAAAAUAUGAUUUGCUGAAUUACCAGUCAAAGAAUCUCUAUUUAUCUUGAACCGAGUGUAGUGUGUGCUUACUUGAAAAAAGUAUUGACAGUGCUCAAUAACAAAAUAUUUCUUGCUCUACUUAGAAUUGACUUUGAAAUGACUUGCAUCUAAAGUUUUUACAUCCAUCAUUAUAUAGCUGAAACAUUUGAUCCAUUCUUUGUACUAUACUAUUUAGAUAACUAAAGUGCUAGCGAAUGUGUUAUAACUGCAUUUUUAAUAUAGAUUUUUGUAAUAGACCUUUUGUGUUUUGGAAUAUGUUAGUUAAAAAAUUAAAUGAUAUGUACUUAGAUCUGUUUUAUGGUCUUAACUUUUAAAAUCACUACAUUUAAACCCUUUUAAGAAAAUCCCACUAAAAAAAAUUUUGUACUAAGAAGUUUAAAAAUGUUAGCACAUGAUCUAUUAAAGCAUACUGCAGGACCUCUUCUCUUGUAGAGUCGGCCACACAAUCUUAGCACAGCGGCUUUGCAACUUACAAGUAUGUCGUUUAAAAAUUCCAAUUAAUAUCAAAAUGUGUAAUACAUGUGAACCAACUCCAGGUGCUAAGGUAAAAAUUAAAGUUAGCAAAAAAAUUCUAAAUUGAUGUUUUGGAUUGGGCAUUCACUUAAAUCAAAAGCUUUUUUUUAACUAACAUGAUACUCUAAUUUUAUUUCUUAUAAAAUUUCCUAAAAAUUAUUUUUUAUAGACUGUGAGCUCAACUGUACAAUCACCGACCAAAGGUUCUUAGCAAUCCUUGUAGAAAGAUUUCCAAAAUUAAUCUAAAGUAAAUAAUAUAUAUAUACUAUCCAAGUAAAAGAAAUAUUACAAUAUUACAGAAUGAUUAUCUGAAUUAUUAUUAUUAUUGUUGUUGUUGUUGUUGUUGUUGUUGUUGUUAUUAUCCUCUUACUGGCGCCAGUGGUAAAUAAACAAGUUAGCUCACAAAAGAUUUACACCUAAAAUUAUAAUUCAAUAAUCACCUAAAUUACAAUAAAAAUACAAUACAGUAUUAAAAUUGCAUGAACCUUUAACAUUCUAUUAAAAAAUCACCUUGUUUACUGGGGAAGUUGCGUACAAUUUUUAACGGCCAUUACACUCGGUCGAAUGCUUCAUUGCUGCAGUUCUCAACCUGACCAAUUAAUUAAAUUGUUCCCGAAAAAUCUGUUUAUUCGUUGAAGCGAGUCCAAAUCACUUUUCCACCUUUGCAUAACAAAAUGCGUAUAACAAAUUAUUGCAACUGUAUGUUAGCAAAUUUAGUAACUUUUUCUGUUACACCUGUCCGCAUGCGAAGUAAGCUUUCUGCACCAACCGUGUUAAAAAUCGUCAUCAAAAGAGUACUUACAGUUUUCUUCAAUUUCAGCUUUAACACUCGAAUUCGGCACUAAAUAUCGCCAAAGGGCAUGGCACUCACAAAUAGGUUUUAACACAGUUUAAUGUUAAAACCUAACUCUCGCCCACCCGAACAAACUUGAUCCGGGCUUUGUUAAAGUCUUAGCACACACGCCACACGCUCAAGUUAAGUCCACUGCGUCCACGGUCGCGCAACAACCCCGAUCUGAUGACUCCUACGCAGAGCUCUGCUCGCACGCGUCGCCAGACUGUCUCCCAGCACACGAGUCCGCGACAGCACAGCGCCACGGCAAAGAUGUGUCUUCCUUGCACUUAGUGAACCAGUGUUGCAAACUGUUGUUUCUAGUCACUGAACCAAGUUUUCCACCUCUCCCCUGCACGCUCCGCAGUAUUCAUAUUUAUCAUACAAUUCUUUUUCUUUCCACAAGAUUUAAAAUUGAUGUAAAAAAAUUAUUAACAGAAAUAAAAAUUACAUAACUGCAUAUAAGCCUACCCACAAAAGGAGUUAGCUAAAUAAUUUAAAAAAGAAUGAUUUAACUAACUAAAUACAAUAUUUAAAAUAUAAAUUAACCAUAGCACAUGAAUUAAAAUUAAAUAAAAAAAUUAUCAAAAGCAGUACUCUGAUUAUAAAAUCAUUAAUAGUAGUAAAUAACUUCUAAUUAGGCCAGUGGCUGGCCACAAAUAUUUGAAUUAAAAAAAAAAUUCUUCGAAGGCGAUUUGAAAUUUCAAACAUAAAAAUUAUUAUUUAAUUAUUUGUAUUCAAUUAAAUUUUAAAAAGUUCUCUUUGAAUUAAAAAAUAUUUGAUUUUAUUUGAAGUAUAGUGAUACUGUUUCAUAUCACCUUAUGCAACUAUCGACUAUGAGAUCAUUGUACAACAGAAAUGUGUUACAUACCCAUUUUUAAUAUAUUAAUGUGCCUGUUGCAUCAAGCCAUACUGUAUUCCUAUAUGUGUACAGUGAACUGCAGGAUGGCUAAAUUUCAGAUUGCAGGACAUCCUGUAGUUAUUUUGUAGUUGUGUUGUUAUAUUAAUUUUAUUUGAAUCAGAUAUACUUUCAUUUUGUGUUCAAAUUUCAUACAAACUAAAAAUCUUAUACAUAUUCAUAAAGUGGGGUUGAGUGUUGUUAGAAUACAAGUACAUAAUUAAGUACAAAGGUAUGUGUUUUUAUCUCUGAAUCAUGUUUUUAGUUCAGAUUGUGGUGUACUUAUUUAAGAAAUAAUUUUUCAAUUAAUUUAUUUCCUUUUUUUUCCUCACAAGUAUCAUUGAUAUUCCGUAGUUGUAGUGGAGUUUUGAAGAUCUUGUAUCGAGAACUGUCAAUACAUUUUUCACAUAAGUGUCAAGUAUUGAGAAAACAGGUGGAGGUGCAUGAGUACUCAAAAUUUUGAGUCGAGUUGGGUUUUAAGUACUCGACUCAAGCCUUAUAUUAAAGUUUGAGUAGUUCACUGUUUGGUCUACGGAAAUAAUAAAACACUUAUAAAACACCACUAACACACCUUGGAGUACCUAAUCUAGUAUUAUAUACCUAGUAAUUGUGAGACUCCUACAACACAGUUCAGUAGGAAACAUGAAUAGUUUAUGCAGAGCUGAUUAAAAAGAUAUUUGUUAAAAUUUAAGUACUUCAGAACUUGACGCUUAUAUUCUUCCGCUGUUUCAUUAUUACUAACAAAUGUAUAGAUAGUUAAGUAUUGAAUUUGAUGGCUGAUUUUACAUAAUCUCAUACUGCAUUUAUGAUUUUCAUUUUUGUUUGGUAGUAUUUGCUGUCAUUUAGCGCAUCGUCGUCAUAAUUUUGUUAAUGUAAAUAUAUAAUGCAAACACAAAAAAUUAUAAUUUAUAUGUAAGCGUCAUACUUCAAAUUUUUUUAGAAUUCACUUCAGUUGCAAUUGUUGGUAAACGUUCGUUAUCACGUAUCCAAGUUUAUCCCUUGAUCCUGAUGGCAUGAUCCUGCUUACAUUUUCUUAUGUUUUAUUUAGUAUGUCAAUAGAUCCUGGCCAACCGAAAACUUUAAUAUCACAAUUUAAUUUAUGAUCAUAAUCAUUGUUACAGAAUUUUUUGACGUACUAAAUUAAAACAGCAAGUAUUAUGUACCACAGGAUUAAUGUAUACAGGAUUGUGCCAUCAGGAUCAAGGGAUAACCUUGGAUAUGUGAUAUGGAACAAUUACCAUAAAGAAAAAAUGAACAAUGGGUGACUAACAAACAGGGAUGACGCACCACAUGUACCAUAAAAGAACUACAGUUACUUUAGAAGCAACAUAUUUACUACAGAUGAAAAAUAACUACCACAGAUGCACCACAGUUACAGUAAAUAACCUUAUAUUUAAAUGUUACGGUUCUGCUACUUUACCUACCAAGCAUAAGCACAAUAUUAUCGUACAUACACCCUGAAUAUUCUUGUACUAGGUGUAUAGUGCAUAGGGCAAUAUCAAAUUUUAAUAUUUAAAACAGCAAUAAAAUGAUAGUGUCACCACAUCGGUGUGAAAAAUUGUUUUAAUUUUAACGUUAAAAAUUAACAGCCUAAAUUUAAAGUCUUUAAUUGCAAUGUAACUGGACAAGCAUAUUUUAGUUUCCUUGUGCUUCAUAAUAUAAUUUGAAAGAGUUACUGUAAUUCUAUUUUUUUUAUUUGUGGGUUUUUGUUUCUUAAAAAAAAUUUUUUAAGGAAAAAAUCAAAUAUCUAAAUUACAUGGAAAUAUAACAUAAAAUUAUUUUGUAAAUCUAAAUAUUAUUGAUAGGCAUUGUAGGAUAUUAUCCAUUUAGUAUUAUAAUAGUGAUUUAUAAACCAUCAUGAGAUACUAUAUAUAGUGUGCACUUUUGUGCCACUAAUCCCUGUUAGUAGAGUUUAAAAAGAAAAUGCAAAAAUAUUUAUAUUUAUAAAUAGUUAAACUGACUACUAGAUUGAUAAUACUCAACUUGACUCGACAUUAAGAAAUGAUACUCAUGCACCCUAAAAAAACUGGUGUAAUUAAGUCUCAUAGUUUUAAUCCUCAUUAACAGUACCUAAUGCUAACUUCAUUAAAUGAAGUAUUGUUAUACCUAGUCCCACAAUUAAGUAGUAUUGCAGGUACGUACAGGUUUUGUUUCUUAUCACUUUUUUCUCUAGAGUAUACAUAUUUUUGUCAGUGGCUAAUUUAUUUGAGUACUUAGCUAAUUUGUUUGUACAGAACAUUAAUGGUUCCUUGCUGUAAACUUGCCUCAGUAAAGAGUUCAGUUAUUAGGUUAAUUCAGAUCUUCAUGUUUUAAAGUAUUAAUGAGAUAUGAUUCUUUAUAAGAUGAUAAUAAGUUCAAUGUAAAAAAAAGUCUAAUGUUUAAUGUUUUUUAUUUUGAUAUUCCCCUUUUUUUUCCCCUAUUAAAUACUUAUUAUGAAUCAUCAGAAUGUUUUUACACUACAUAUAGGUUAACAUUAUGUAGCUGUCUUUUGAAGAAGUGUUUAAAGUUUUAUUUUACAGGGGGAAAAAAUACAUAUUUAGAAUUUUUAGUCAUUAAUUAUUGCACAAAUUACUCUGAACAGUUUGUAAAAAAAUGUCUACCUAGACCAUUGCUAACAUUUGUCCUAAUGAUGGAGUAAGCUGGGUUGUGUAUAUAAUUUGAUAAUGUUGUGUUAAAUACUGUGUUUGCAAAGAUAUCAGUAAAAAAAAAAAAAAUAAUG